CAGUAAAUUGGUGUCAGUUAAUUUCAAUAUUUGAAUUUUCUCAAUGGUAUUUGUUGUCUGUUUCAGUAUGCACUCUAUAUGGCCCUGGACUGGACAUUUGACUUUAGCCAGGAUGACAUCCCUCAGCUCCGAAGGUGGUGGUGUAGUUUGCUCUUGCAAAACAUGUCCCAUCCAAGGUUGUCAGAGUCCACCAUCACCAAACAGCCAGCUAGUACGGAAACUGUGAUGGGUCAAGAUGACAGUGAUGAGAAGAUCGAAGAGGAACUGAAGAGGAAGUUCAUAAGGGACAUUGGUGUAGCAUGGUGCUGGGUUCAGAGCCACUGUGAGCUGUUCCAUGGAGAGGUGACAGAGCCUGAAUUUCUCCAGAUGGACGAAGAAAAACAGUCUAAUAUAAUCAAAGACUACCUGAAAAGAGAGACUGAGAAAGCAAGGGAUGCCUGUGUGUUUGUCUUUGACAAUCGUGAGGAUAUGGAAACGUUCUUAUUAAAAUGUGUUGAUGAACAGGGUCCAGCUCCAUCCCAGGGUUUCUUGAUCUCACAGUGGGAGAGGAACGUUAUGGCACCAACCAUCCGCCUGCAGCCACACCUCCGUUACAGACUAGUAAGAAGAGACGUGAAGAGACUACAUCUGAUUUACCUGUGUGGUCAUCAUCCACAACUCCAUCUGUUUCACAGACAACAAAUAGAGCCAUAG